AUCGUUUCGGUUCCCGCUUGAACGGUGGAACCGCUUCCUUCUCCUGACACAUUUUAAAGCGUUUCUCAGUUGGGUCGGGAAGAACACUAUAUUUUGCAAUAAAUCCAAAACCUGCAGAGAGUAAAUUACCAAGUUGGCUCCUUCUUCAUCGAUUUCCAAAACUUUUUGAGCAAUGGGGAAGAGGAAGUCAUCAGCAAAACCGCCUCCUAAGAAGCGGAAUGACAAGCUUGAUACCGUCUUCAGCUGUCCCUUCUGCAGCCAUGGCACCAGUGUUGAAUGCCGCAUUGACAUGAAGAACUUGAUUGGGGAAGCUUCUUGUAGAAUAUGCCAAGAAAGCUUCAGCACCACCAUCACAGCUUUAUCCGAACCAAUAGACGUCUACAGCGAAUGGAUUGAUGAAUGCGAGCGGGUUAACAAUGUCGAAGAUGAUGGUGAUGCUUAGGAGGAGGACCUGAUGCCUAGAUAGGUUGUCCCUGUGUCAGCUGCUGUGGGAGUUUUAUUUCUCUGACCAAAAUCAGUAGUAGUUCUAAAUAAUUUCCAAACCAUGCUUGUCAAGCAAGUUUUAAACAUUUCAAUGAAGACGUGAUGCGAACCUA